CUGCCCGUCCCGGCUGGUGCCGCGAGACCUUCCUGAGUAGGCAGCGAGUGUAGCUGUGGACGCGCCUCUCUGUGCGGUUGCUGACAUCAGUAGGCGUGCGGCAGGUCGUGGGACGCAGCUCUGAGGAACAGCGAAGCCAACCUGGGAGGCAUUCAUCAAAAUUCCACUCCAAGGAUUCAGGAUUUCAGAACCCGCAGGAUGAAGUGUGUGUUUGUUACUGUGGGGACCACCAGCUUUGACGACCUCAUUGAGUGUGUGUCGGCGCAUGACAGUCUGAAAAUCUUCAAGAGCCUUGGUUACAACCAACUCGUCCUACAAAUAGGAAGAGGAAAGGUGGUACCUGAACCAUUCAGUACUGAGUCCUUUACUCUGGAUGUUUACAGGUACAAGGAUUCAUUGAGAGAAGACCUUGAGAAAGCAGAUCUUGUUAUUAGUCACGCAGGUGCAGGAAGCUGUUUGGAGACUCUGGAAAAAAGAAAGCCACUUGUAGUGGUUAUAAAUGAAAAGUUGAUGAACAAUCAUCAGCUGGAAUUGGCAAAGCAGCUACACAAAGAUGGGCAUCUCUUCUACUGUACCUGCAGCACGCUUCCUGGGCUGUUACAGUCAAUGGACUUAUCAACACUGAAAUGUUUUCCUCCUGGCCAGCCGGAAAAAUUUUCUGCAUUUUUGGAUAAAGUUGUUGGAUUACAAAAAUAAACACUAAACUCUCAACGCUUUAAUCCACCCCACCCCCAUCCAACCUAUGGAAUGUGGUUAAAUUAAAUACAUAAUAUAUAUUUGCAGAAUAAUAUAAAUUAAUAAACUUCCUAUAUUUAUA